AACAGAGGAAGCAGCCACCACCCAAACACAAACGACAAGCCCACAACCACAACCCAGCCCGAAACAACGAAGCUUAGCUAAAGGUGUCCAUAGAGGACGAUAUCCAUUAGUUGCCACAGCAUAGCAGCCAUCUACAGACGACUAGCUAGCUAGAGCCGAUCAAGAAGUCUCUGUUGUUUUGCAGGAUGCUUUGACCCUAAACAUUUUAUUGAACACGCCCAGCCUACUAGGUUCUUCAACGGUAGCCUAACUUCAGGCCGCCACGGCAUCCACCUGUAGGCAGAGGGAGAAUGCCGAUUGAUGUUCGAUUGCUGCGAAAUCCAGACGAUGUGGCUCGGGUGGUUCAUUGGCACAGCUUGCGGAGGAUUGGUAACGAAAAGGUAGUGGAAUCUGUGCGGCAAUUGGACGAGAAAUUCCGCGAAGCCCAACGAGAAGUGAAUACCUACAAGUCGUCUUGUCGGCAGCAACGAAAGCGUCCCGACCCAGACCACUUACAGUCUCUCCAGGCGAACUGCGAUGGGUAUAAGACCAACUUGGAAACGAAACUGUGUAGACUGGCGAAUACAGUAGACGAGACACUGCUGCAAGAAUUGGAUCCAUACCAUCACAAUCCUUCUAGUAGCUCUGAUGGCGCUAGUUUUGGUAGCAGUGCUUUGCUGCGCAGUCCCUUUCGUCAUUUAAUCGAAGCGGGUGCAUAUGAAUGUCUUGGAAACAACCUGCCAUCCGGAAUCUUUUGUCCAACCGGCCUUGCCGUUGAUUGGGCUCAAGCAAUCGCGCAAUCUCUUUUGGAAUCUUUGACAGUUUCCACCAGGCUCUGCCUUCCAAACACACUGCCUCUUUCGGCACAGCAAGUGCAGGGCAUGAUGGGAAGUACAGAACGAACCACAACGGCUAGCCACGAGAGUAACAGCACAUGUUGUAACUCUUCGGUUGUUCUCCAAGCACCCUCGUGGUUAGGAUAUCUUCAGCAACACCACGGUGAUCAGACAUUGGGCGAUAAACAAUUGCCUUUUGUCGUGCACUACACUACACAAACCACCACGAAUGUGAUUCACAUUACAGGCCUUCCACGGGAAUCGCAACCGUUUACGGAUAAGCGUGAACUGUGGAGACAGGAUUCCUGGUCUUCUUCAUCGUGCCCAAUACUGCCGCCACAACUGGCUUCUCUUCCAACCUCGCAACAUGAAGUAAUCAUCCUGACGUCCUCCACAUACUAUGAUUCUCGAGCAGUGCAAAAGGAAUGGACAUCCAAACUAGUUACAUUCUACCAAUCCUUGGUGACAGCAACAUCCACCACUCAAACGAUUGUUCGUCAACGUGUCGUCAAACCAGCGGAGUUACUUCCAGCCGAAGCGAGUCGCAUUGUGAUUGAAGGGCAGUUACCCAGUGACGGCAGCAACAAGACUAGCCAACAUGUCAUCUUGGCCUAUCUUUCCAACUUUUCCGAUUAUCCAACACGUGCUUGUCGUGUCAAGAACACGCCACAGCAGUUUUGUCACGUUCUGCAGGGUGUGGUCUGCAGUGUUGUCGAAACCAUGUGUUGGCAGGCGUCGCACGGAAGGCAAGAUGAGCGGAUUCAGUUGCCAAGUAGUUUGAGUCGUUACUUGCAACUCCGGAAUGAUCAACAAGAAGGUGUGAUUGUACUCCCCACGAUAAAACGUUUGGGCAAGACCAAGCAUGGACGUCUUCAGCUCAAGGUUUGUUCAAAGGUGCCUUUGGCUCCGCCUAAAAUGAACGAAGACCAACAGCAAAAGACACAUCAACCUUGCUCCAAAGGGAAUCCUACUUCCGACAGCAUGGAUACCAACAACAAUCACGGCAAGAGACGCCAGCCACCUCGCAUCAACACGGACUUGCUCCUAGAGCCGAGCACAGCCACCCAGGAACGGAUCCGAGCCGAGGCACUAUCGUCGCCGUUUGGGUUUCUUCCAUUCUACCACUAACCACAGACGCAUUGUUUGAUUGCCGACUGUGCACACAUCAGUCUCUCUCGACGUCACGCACGCAAAGAAAGCUUUGGUCAAGACAACGACGAUGGGUCAACAUUUAUCUUGCAAUGAACGAAGCGUUUUGGAUGGCGAUUAUGCCGAUGGAUUAAGUCUUCACACGGAGCCAAGCUCCAGAGGUAGACUUUCUCGCGGUCGUAAGAAAACUACUAUUCUUUUCAAAUCGACCUGUCGAGACUAUAGUUUACAGGAAUCGCUUCAAGAUGGCUUCACCAGGGUUCGUGCUGAUGGACGUAAAGGUGGAGUGAUCUUUCAAGGCAAGUUGCACACCAGUUCAAGUUGAAACACAGAAACGGUCGCGUCAACUCGAACGCCGAAAGGGAUUCUGGCUUCAAACCCACCGACUCUGGCAGGGACACGCCGCAGGUCGUGCCGGGCAGAAGGGUGCGCUGGAGGAGACUCCUCUCGCGGCAACCUUCAGCGGUACACUAUGGGCUACUAACAAUCUCCCAUCUGCUCGUCAAAACUAGAUGGUUGAAGGCGUGCACAACCGGCAACAUGGCCAUUUUCGUUGCUCUCCACCCCACCGACACCUGCUGCAAAUUGACCAUUCCAGUACGGCAACAUUGCAGGAAAGAUUGAUGAAAUUUCAUUGCUGCAAACGAGGACCAAGUGAUGGUUGCUCGCUCCCUCGAAUCGGUCGGACUGCCUACUUGUACAUAACGAAGACUGCUACUACAUGUAGCACAGUCUACUCGUACUAGCUAGAGGGAGGAUAGCAUCAGAAGUGCUUUUGAGUGACAAAGGUGAACCUUGGAGGUGGUAGCAAGGACCCGAAACAAACGGAUCCCGAGGCUGGAAGAAGACGUAGUCUACUCGUACCCACUUCCACAAAGCACGAAGAUGCUUCAGCUCAAUGUAAAACAGGACCUACCCACGCGAUGGUCAGAAAGGUUUUUCUGCGGGCUUCUUUUUCAUCCAGAUUUGAGCCCACUGUAGCAAGCCAACCAAGAACCAAGCAUAGGUGUGCAAGCCAACCAAGAACCAAGCAGAGACGUGCGAUAGCACGCCCACAAUAAUAACUUAAAAAACUUACUCCAGUGCAUGUUGUUACGUUGACUAUUAUAAUUUCUAAUAACCUCCUGCUGUUCCGUACCAGUAGGCGCCAGGCCUGAAUGGCAUAAGGCUCUUUAAUCUUUAACCCACCACUUCACCGUAACAGGCGUAAACGGCACA